GCGAGUUUCCGCCGUCGUCCGCUGCAUGCUGACAGGAUUUAUAUUGUGCAGCCUUCGGGUUGUAGCGACACAGAAGCUCCGGUACCCUCCGAACAAGAUAGCGGUUGUUGGAGCCGGAAUCGGAGGAACAUCGGCAGCCUAUUUCUUACGGCAGAAGUUUGGGAAAGAUGUCCAGAUUGAUAUAUAUGAGAAGGGCGAUGUGGGCGGCCGACUGGCUACAAUCGAGAUGGAAGGGAACCAGUAUGAGGCUGGGGGGGCAGUGAUCCACCCCUUGAACCUCCAUAUGAAAAUGUUUGUUAAAGAGCUGGGUCUGAGUGCCCGCACGCCUUCUGGAGAUCUGCUGGGAAUUUACAAUGGGGACGAGUUUGUUUUUGAAGAGAGUGAAUGGUACAUCAUCAAUCUUAUCAAAAUGCUGUGGAAUUAUGGACUGAACUUCCUGCGCAUGUACAUGUGGGUGGAAGAUAUUUUGGACAAGUUCAUGAGGAUUUACCGCUAUCAGACGUUUGACUAUUCCUUCUCCACCACGGAAUCCUUGCUGCAUGCUAUGGGCGGUGACGACUUCAUCACAAAGCUGAAUAUAACCAUAGACGAAGCGAUGCAGAAAUCCGGCUUCACGCAGAGGUUUAUUGAUGACAUAGUGGGUCCGGCUAUGAGAGUCAACUACGGGCAGGGAAUUGAAAUCAAUGGCUUUGUAGGAGCUAUCUCUCUUGCUGGCACAGACUCUGGCCUGUGGGCAGUUGUAGGUGGGAACAAACUGGUUUGUAAUGGCCUUAUUUAUGCUGCGAAAGCCCAGCUAAUUAAAGGCACCGUCUCUUCUGUGCAGGAGAAAGUUCGCUCUACAAAGUCUGGAAAUACGGUGAAGCUCUACGAAGUAAGCUAUGCAACAGACACUGGGACUGGAUUGGACAUGUAUGACAUUGUAGUCAUCGCAACACCACUCAACAAGGACAUUGGUAACAUAGCUUUUGUAGGCUUUGACCCACCAAUCGAGACCUUUUCCAGACCUUACCAGCAGACGGUGACCACCUUCGUCCAUGGAAAGCUCAAUGCUUCUUUCUUUGGAUGUUCCAAAGCAAGUCACUUUCCGCUAUCAGAAAUCUUAACCACAGAUAACCCCAAACUUUUCAUCCGCAGUAUUUCAGCAGUGUCCCCGACCAAACCAGUCCCCGAAUCUCACGUGUCUAAAGCUUCAGAUCUCCGAGUCUGGAAAAUCUUCUCUGCAGAGGUCCUAACCAAUGAGCAGUUGCGUCAGCUGUUUGAGUCUUACCAUGCAGUCAAAGUGAAGAAGUGGCUGGCUUAUCCCAAAUACAACCCACCAGAGAAAUUGCCACCAAUAAUACUUCAUCGUUCAAUUUAUUACCUGAACAGCAUUGAAUGGGCAGCCAGUGCCAUGGAGAUGAGUGCCGUCGCUGCCAAGAAUGUGGCACUUUUAUCUCACCAUCAGUGGUAUGAAAAGGCUGAACACAUUGACCAGGAGAAUUUAACAGAGCGUUUAAAGUCCGAGCUAUAGAUUGUCAUUUUUGUUUCCAUGUCUGACGUAAUU